AAUUCAGAAGGGGCGCUCUGAACGGAGGACUGACCAGGACACAAAGAGAGAGAGAGAGAGAGAGAGCAGAAGAGCUUCGACAUGGGGAACUGUUGUGAGAGCGCCGCCAACUUUUUUGGCCCGCAGAAGAACACCAACAUGCGGGUCAGCCUGCCGGCCGUCUGCUUCGUCUGGCAGAUUGCAAUGAUCGUGCUGUUUGGAGUUUUCAUCCGGUACGACGAGGAGUCGGACGCACACUGGAUUGAGUACCGGAGAGAAAACAACAUCACCAGCGACAUUGAGAACGACUUCUACUUCAGAUAUCCCAGCUUCCAGGACGUCCACGUCAUGAUCUUUGUCGGGUUUGGUUUCCUCAUGACGUUUCUGAAGCGCUACAGUUACGGUGGCGUGGGCUUCAACUUCCUGAUUGCGGCCUUCGGUCUGCAGUGGGCUCUUCUCAUGCAGGGCUGGUUCCACGCGCUCAACCCUGAAACUGGAAAAAUCACCAUCGGAGUGGAGAGCUUGAUCAACGCGGACUUCUGCUGUGCCGGCUCUCUGAUCGCCUUCGGCGCCCUCCUGGGGAAAGUCAGCCCCGUCCAGACUCUGGUGGUCGCUCUGUUCGGCGUGACACUGUUUGCUGUGGAGGAGUACAUCAUCCUCGACCUUCUUCACUGCAGAGAUGCCGGUGGCUCCAUGGUCAUCCACUGCUUCGGAGGGUACUACGGCUUGGCCAUCUCCUGGGUGCUCUACCGACCAAACCUUCACCUCAGCAAACGCCACCAUGGCUCCAUCUACCAUUCUGACCUGUUCGCCAUGAUCGGGACGCUCUACCUGUGGAUGUACUGGCCCAGUUUCAACUCCGCCAUCACCGACCACGGCGACGGGCAGCACAGAACAGCCAUCAACACCUACCUCGCCCUGGCCUCCUCUGUCCUCACCACGGUGGCUCUGUCCAGCAUGCAUCAGAAGAGAGGAAAGCUGGACAUGGUGCACAUCCAGAACGCCACUCUGGCAGGUGGUGUUGCCAUGGGAACAGCGGCAGAGUUCAUGAUCACUCCAUACGGCGCACUCAUUGUGGGUUUCUGCAUGGGCAUCAUCUCCACCUUCGGUUAUCUUUACAUCUCGCCUUUCCUGGAGAAAACCCUCAAGCUCCAGGACACAUGCGGCGUCCACAACCUGCACGCAGUACCCGGGAUGCUGGGCGGCUUCAUCGGUGCCAUCGUUGCUGCAGCAGCCAGCGAAUCAGUCUACGGCCGCGAGGGGCUGAUCAACACCUUUGACUUUGAGGGCGAGUUUGCCGACAGGACCCCGGGGACACAGGGGGGCUUCCAGGCUGCCGGCACAUGUGUGUCAAUUGCUUUUGGGCUUGUUGGAGGCGCUAUUGUUGGCUUCAUCCUGAGGUUCCCCAUCUGGGGCGAUCCAGGUGAUGACAACUGUUUCGAUGAUGAAGUUUACUGGGAGCUCCCUGAGGAUGAGGAGACUGUCCCUCCUGUUCUUGAGUACAACAACCACAUGAUACACAAGCAGCAAGAAAUCUCUGAGUCAAACUUCUCUGUGGAGCAGAGUUAGAAUCACAAGGUGGAAGAAUGAAGUGGUCACAACGUAAUGAACUUGACGUUACAACCUGAAACCUGGAAAGAGUUUUUAAAAAAAUGAGCCGUUCUUUGAGAAAGGGAUGCUUUGACAUGCAGGUCUCUGCCGGUCUUUACAGCCGACAUGUUGUUAAAAGUGUGAUGUUAAUAAAAUUGCUGCACAUGAUGGUGAAAAAAAUGAUUUAAUUUAUAGAGACAUAAUAUAAAUCAUAACUGGCAUUACAAAUGAAGGAAGCUUUAACAGCUAAAUUGAAUUCAUCCUCUGUGUUUUUUUUUUUAUUUGAUGAACGGACGUCAGACACUAAAUCUGACUGGUAAGAUGAGAAGAUGAUGUGUUUAUGCAGCGUGAGCUGCUUCUGCACAGAAGGUCAAAGAGAUGUUUGCAUUACAGUCUGUUUGUGGGUGUAAAUCCCACUGCUGUAGAAUUACAUUUACUUUCUUUUUAAAGGCUUUUAGUUAUUGAAUAUUGUCAAUGUUUAUGUUUGUAAUUGUAUUUCCUUGAAACAACGAGUCUGUUUAAUUACACGUGCAGACAUAAAUGAAGUCGUGAAGGAAUCAAAAAUAGCUGUGCUGUGAAAUAAUGUCAUUUUUAUAUCUUAUUAGUUGUUUCUUUGUAAGCUGCAUGUACAUAUAUGUAAACCUCCCACGCCGCUCACUGCUGCAGCCUUUUGUUGCAUUGCUUACAUGUAAACUCAAUGGAAGUUUUGAGUAACUACAGUAAACAAUGAUUCUUCCAGCAGUUUGCUCGCUGUAGUGCUGAACCUCACUGUGUGUGACUUCCAAUGAUAUGAAUCUAUAAAUCACAUUGUACCAGAAUUGAAUAAUAAAGUCAUUUUAUUGUGUUUAUGUCA